AUGAUGAACACCAUUCAUGAACAACAACAAAAUAGAAUCAAUGAUUCUAAUCGACGUUUAGAAGAUAAAUUAAAAGAACGAGAAGAUGAAUAUACAUGUUAUAAACAGUUUUAUAUUCUAUGUGGUACAUUUAAUGUGAAUAAUCGUCAACCACCAUCAACUGUAAGUUUAAAUGAAUGGAUUUGUCGUGCAGAACAAAUACCGGAUAUUAUUGCUGUGGGAUUUCAAGAGAUAGAUACAAGUGGUGGAGCAUAUCUCUAUGAUGAUAAAAAAAAAGAAGAUGAAUGGGAACAUCUUUUAUCUAAAACAAUAAAACAUUGUGGAAAUUCAAUAUCUUCCGAUAAUAAAUAUGAAUUAGUUAAUAAAGUCAGACUUAUGGGAAUUUUAUUAUUUGUUUACGUUCGAUCACAACAUGUUACGAAAUGUACAGCUAUUUCUCGUGCAUCUGUUCCAACCGGUUUUAUGAAUAUAGCGGGAAAUAAAGGCGGUGUCGGAAUUCGAUUUCGAUUUUAUGAAACAGAUAUUUGUUUUGUUAACUGUCAUUUUGCAUCUGGUGAUGGACAAACACAACGGCGUAAUGACGAUUAUCAAACAAUAGAAUCACGUAUGGCUUUUACAGAUGGACCAACAUAUUCUUUUAAAGAUUAUAUCUGGUAUACUCCUGCAUCAUCAGAUUUACAUUCAACAGCAAAUAGUGGACAAACAACUACACAUAGAUGGUGGGAAAAUAUUGUAAAUUUUAAGAAUAGUUUUAAUGAUACAAAAUUAUAUAGAGAGAAAUUUAUAUGUUUAUAUUUUAGGUGGAAAAUUAGUAAUCAUGAUAUUAUAUUUUGGUUUGGCGAUAUGAAUUAUCGUAUUUCUCAAGCAAAUGAACAAGUUCGUAAAGCAAUUACUGAACUAUCAAUGAUUCCACUACAAGAAACAGAUCAAUUAAAAUGUGAAAUAAAAUUAGAUCGUGUAUUUAAAAAUUAUCAAGAACAUACGAUUGAUUUUUUACCCACAUAUAAAUUUGAUCCGGGUACAGAUGUUUAUGAUACAAGUGAAAAAUUACGAACACCAUCGUGGACAGAUCGUAUUCUAUUUAAAGUAAAACGUAAAAAAGUUCGUGGUAAUUUAAAUGAUCAAAAAAAAAUUGAUGAUGAAAUUGAUGUUGUAAAACCAUUGGAUUAUUUUUGUGCAAAAAGUGUUAAAUUUAGCGAUCAUAGACCUGUGAGUAGUCUUUUUCUUGCUACAAUUAAAUAUCAAUGUGAUGAAAAACGUUCAAAUGAAAUACGUGAACAAUUGAUACGUGAAUUUGAUCGAGAAGAAAAUGAUGCAAUACCGACAAUUGAUGUUCAUCCACGACCACCUGAAAUUAAAUUUGAUCAUAUUAAAUAUUUGGAUAAAUCAUCAUAUAAAAUUAAGAUUAAAAAUGUUGGAGAAUGUCAAGUAAAUUGUAUCAUUUUACCAUCAUCACAAUUUUCUGCUGGUGCCAUUAAACAACAACCAUUUCAAUUGAGAUCAGAUGAGUAUUACUUCAAUUGUUUAGGAUUUAUUCCAGCAAUACCAUCAUUGAUUCAAGUUAAAGAAGAGCAAACAGUUGAUAUUACAUUUAGUGUUAAACCAGAAUAUGCAUCAUUAUUUUCUAAUAAAAAACAAAUUAAAGAAAUACUUAUAUUACAUGUUGAAAAUGGUGCUGAUACAUUCAUCACAUUAGAUGUUACCCUUGAUAUGGGUCCAUUUGGCUUAGCGUUAGAUAAAUUUCCAGUUACAUUAUUCAAUAGUAGAACUAAUCAAUAUGUCUAUGAUGUAAAACUGAGUUUAAAUAGUGACAAUGGUGGUAGUGGAAAACAAUCAGAUUUAAAAGAGCUGAAAAAUGAUCCACCAGCAUUAUAUUUAGCCUUAAUCGAUUGUUUAAAAGAUCGAGAACUCGAUUUAAUUGAUAUAUUUAGUGAUGAUGUUCAAGAUAAUUUAGAUUUGAUACCAUUAAGAAAUGAAAUUUAUAAUCAUAAUUAUAAAUUUGAUAAAUUUGAUAAUUCUGAAUUGUUAAUGAUGUUAAUACAUUUAUUACAAUGUUUACCCGAACCAUUGGUUAGUACUCAAAUACAGAAAAACAUAUUUAACGCAGGCACAUCGUACUAUUCAGGAGGAACACAUCAUCCUGCUACCACAAAUUCUUCACAGUAUUCAUCUACUGGAAAUGUUAAUCAAAAUAGUUUACCAUCGUCCAAUUCAUCUUUUACAGUAUCUAAUGUAUCUGGCCCAAUACCAAAUGAAAUGAGAAAUGCCGUGUCAAUAUUAAUUGAACAAUUGGAACAAAAACAACGAAAUUUAUUUUUUCGUCUAUUAUUAUUAUUUCAAAAAAUAUGGUUAAAACAACAGGAUAUGGAAAUGAAUGAUAGCUCUCAAGCUUGUCGAGCUAUUCAAAACUGUAUAGAGAGUUUGAGUUUAGCAUUAUUACAUGAUGAAGCCACUCCUCAACAGCGACAUUUAUUUAUUCGAGCUUGUCUUGAAGAUGAUAAACCGAAUAACAAUAUUCCUAGAAGUAGUAGUAUGACAAUGUCAAAAUAA